AUGGCCCUUAUCGCGUUACCUGCCUCCCAGAUAAAUGCCACAUCGUAUGACGAGCGAACAUACGGCGACAUAGCCAAUCAGGCAGAAGCUGUCCAUGGUGCCUUGGAGAGCCUGGGUGUCUGCGCCGGUGACAGACUGUGCCUCAUGGUCGACAAUCUCCUCGAGCUGCUGCCCAUGCUCGUGGGAGCAGCUUGUGCGAAUGUGGGUGUCGUCUACGAGACCCCGGGCUACGCUGUCGAAAAGGCUUCAGAGGUCCUCAUUGAAUGGAUGAAAAACAUUGAUUUCACUGCCAUCUGCUGUGAACUAAGCAAUGUGGACUCAGCACUUGAACUGAAGCACGUCAUUGUAUUAGGCGAAGGUAAGAACCUACCAAGUGGCACAGAAGCCGCCGUGAUUUUGUGGAGCCAGCUGAUCAAGAUGGGCACCAAGGCGCGUCGUCUUUCAGCGCUCUCCGUCGAGUACCAAGCGAACCGAAUCUGCUACGUAGCCCCGACAAGCGGCACCGUGGGGAAGCCCAGGAUGGUCGUGCACUGCCACGAUUCCCUUGUUGCCAGUGUGCAGUCUAUCAGCCAUCAGCAGCAUAUGGGUCUGACGGUGGAAGACGUGUUUCUGUGCACCAGCCCACUUGGUCAUGGGUACGCUUUGUUCGACUGCGUGUGCAAAGCCAUCGUCCAGGGAGCCACGUGCGCCUUCCUGGAGAAGGCAGACACAGAUGCACUUCUGGAAGCAAUUCAAAGGCUCAAGGUAUCCACGCUAAACACGGUGCCAUAUCUAGCCCGCUGCCUUCUAGAACACCCGCAGCGCAGCCACUACGAUCUCAUCCAUUUACGGUACUUGGCAACUGCAACAACCUACAUCAGCGAAGAUGUCGCAAGAAGACUUUUCCGCGAGCUAAAUCUCAAGAGCUACGUUCAAACUUGGCUCGGCUCCGCUGAAACACCCCGUACGCUGUCAUGCAGCAUGGAGGAGCGAAAGAUGGAGUUCGAAGUCUAUGGAAAAACCGAGAUCGUCUUCAUAUCGGGAGGUCUCCACGAUUCACCGCCAAGGUUCACAUCAGUUGGGCGUCUAGGAGUGGGCCUGGAAGCCAUGGUGAUAGACACUGAAACGAAGAAACCACUCGGUCCAAUGCAGCAUGGUGAGCUCGUGAUUCGAGGACCCGGUCUUAUGCGAGGCUAUUUGGGAAUGGAAGACGAGCCAUACACGGAUCCCGAAGGCUGGUACAGAACAGGUGAACUAUAG